AUGAAUCAGAAUUUGGAGUGGUGGCAUUUUAAAGCUGCCUGCUGGUUCCCUCUGCUCUGCCUCGCCUGCGGAGCAGCACCCCUGCUGCUGCAGCCAGCCACAUGGGGACCAGCUGCCUCCAGCCUUUGUCACCCCUCUGCUUUGAUCCUGUCUCUUACAGAAAUCCUCUGGCCCUGUGUGCUUUUCCUCAUUCUGGCUGCAGUCCGCUUCCAGGAGCCCCCAAAAUAUAAGGCAACUUGUUACUUAGAAGCUCGGGAUUUGCCAAGCCAGGGCCUCUACCCUUUCGUGCGGUCUCUCUUCUGCAACGUGGGCUCACGGUGCAGGAGCAGCAGCCACUCGGCACCCAGAAGCUUACGUACUGCAGGCCUCCAAAGUGAUCCACAGAGGUUGACAGGACCUGAUCUAGACUUCAUGAAAGGCAUAGAAGAACUUGCAAAGGAAUUUACUGAGACUACAGAGAAAGCUCUGAGUUUAGAAAAGCUAUGGGAGGAGAAGUUCUCAGGGCUCCCCAAUGUCACCACAUCUCUUACAAUGGAUUUGAAUGAAGUGGAAGAGAUGAUUUCCAGGGCAGAAAACCUGUACAAGCAACCCUAUUUCUGGAGCCUUCUACGUUCACUCCCUCACCUGGGACUGAACAGCCUUUAUACAGAAGCUGAGUUAGUUUCCAUGGAAGAGUUCCUGGAAGUUAUUGAGAAUACCCUGGCAGAACUGAAGAACUUAGGUAUGAUGCCAUUGGGCCAGAGUGUCUAUGAAGUUGUGAGAACAGCACUGAGCUUAGCUGUUCCAUCAGGACAGGAUGGGAGCUCAGAAGGUCUCCUGUAUAAUCUUUCCCUUGGAGAUGUCUUGUGGAACCCACACUCUGUGAGAGCAGAACUGAUAUCCAGGUUUGGUUUUGAUGAUCUUCAUGCUGAGAAAGUGCUAAGUUACACAGCACAAUUAGCAAAGAUUCCCACAGAUGAGACACUGGAGCAGUUUGUGUGCUCUGCUCUGUCAGGUGUGCCAGAAGAUCAAACAAAUAGAGAGAAUAAUGAAGAGAACUGUAUCACUCCAUGGCCUGAGGCCAAACUGUAUCUCGUUCAAGCUGUCAGCAAGAUCAAACUCUAUGCACAGGUAUUUGAACAGUGGUUCAGCAGCAGCAGGCUUGCUCAGAAACUUCUUUUGGAACUUGAAGGAAUCAUUGCUGAUUUAAUGUCUCAGCUUCUAGAUGAGAGGGUAACUGGGAAACCUUAUUCAGAGAUAAAUGCCCUGAUCCAGCAACUGAAUGAGAAAUCAGAUGUCUACUUCUCUGAAGGACAUACUGCAUCUCAUGACCUGAUUUUGAUGUUUUUCAAAGAGUUUUUCAAGGCAGAAGAAGACUUAAGGAUUACUGGUGGAAAGGCAAUGGAUCAUGUUUUCCAUCUGGAAGAGAUGAUUGAAGAGAUUAUAAUGCUUGACUUCUCAGAUUCUUCGAAUCAGUCUGUAAUUGAACAUGCCUUGAAUAAUGCAAUUCUAUGGAUGAAAAGCUUUGCUGAGGGAAAGGAAUCUGCCACUAAUUUCUCAGCUGCAGUCUCUGAAAUCCACAGUGUGCUACAUCAACAUUUCCAGCCUCUUCAGAGAUUAUGGAUGAAAGAGAAGACAGAAUUUUUCUGGCAAAUAGCAGAAAUGGUCUUAUCUGAGCUCGAUUCUAGACUCUCUCAUCUGAGGCAAGUGGAAGAGGAGGAGAUAUUUGAGACCUUAUCUAGGAUUUUAUUAUCCAUUCCAGAAAACAAAAUCCGUAACAGGCCUAUGUUAUUACUUCGAAACAUCCUGACUGAUUGGCCAGAAUUAAAACUUGGUGCUUUGAACCACCAUGUGCUGAGUAAAACUUCCCAUUUAUUCCUCUCAAAUGCAACUUUCCUAUAUAAAACACAACAAUUAGAGGAAAUUGUGCAUGAGUUCUUCAAAGAUCUCAAAACAUUGAACAGUACUAACGUGGCCUCACUUGUUCCAAUGCUUUGGUCUCUGUAUCAGAAUGAUCUGCUCUUAUAUAUUAAGAGCAAUAGCAGUUUGUUAGCAUUUCUUUAUGACAUUUCAGAAGAAACUUCAUCUUCUCAAGCCUGGAGUGAAUUCCAAAGUAAAGAUCAUCUGUUUGAUUUUCUGUCUGGAACUUUGAAUCUUUUCUGGAACUUCACCAGUAAACCUCUCUGUGAAAAGCUACUAACCAUUUACAACUACACAGAGCUUCAGGCCAAAUCUCUAUCAGAAAGGGGGAAAAAAGAGAUGCAAGUUAUCCUUAGCACCCUGAGCAGCCUUAAAACUUGGUUUGUAGGUGAAGAACUUCAGGCAGUUGCCUUGUGUUAUUUGGAAGAAUUUCUUGUUCUUUCCCCAAGUUGCCUGGUAAAUAAUGGGUGCACUGAUUUUAAUGUAUCAAACACUACUUCUGGAGAUGAUUUGGCAGAGCUCUACAACUUGCUUCUUCCUCUGGACAGUGUUCUGUCUAAUAUAACAAACUCGGGAGGUGAAGUAACUGUGCCUUCUGCUUUGUGCUGCACUCUUGCAUGGCUUCAAACCUGGACAGAGGUUCUUGAAGUAUCCAAAAUCUUAAGUCUGAAUUCAACUUUUUUUGAGUGUCUAAGAAGUGAUUUAGCAAAGCUCUCAGAAAGUCUUUUAAAUACAACUCAGGACAAACAGUGCAACGCCACAGCUAUGGUUACGGCCGAAGCUACAGCAGCAGCAAUGAAUCUACUGAAAGUCGUAUUUGACUUAAACAGCUGGAAAGAUUUUGAAGCUUUCCUUGCUCAUCUUCAAAGCAUAUUUGACAAUGCAGCUGAUGCCACAGGCUUGCUUCAAAGGAACAGUUUAGAAAGUGCUCUGGAAAUGAUGGGAGUCAUGGUAACUGAAUUGCAGAAAUCAGUACUGAGGGUAGCUAAUGGAGAGCUUUUGAACUCUUGGCUUGAUACUUUCAUCUCGGAAGGAGCCAAGGGAGAAGAUGCUGGUGCUUUUUCUAUUGGAAAUGCCCUUCUUACUCUGCUAAAGCUCUCCCAAAAGGAGCUUGGAAUGAUUUUCACUGAGCUCAGAGACAUGACUGCAUUCUUUUCUCAGGACAAAUACAUGGUUUGUAUCAGCAUUUUGCAGAACAUAACCAAGCUAAUUCUGGACAAUACUCUGGAAGAUGUAACACAUUCACAAAGAAAUUAUUCCUGUCUUCUUAAUUCCUUUGUAAACAUUUAUAGUACAGUGGCAGAAAUAGAGGACUGUAACAAAUGGAUACAUGGAUUAGGCAAUCUCAGUGAAAAAUACAAGUCACAUUCCCACCUUGAAAGUGCAAAGCAUAUUUUAUUUCUACUGGAGUCUCUUGGAAACCUUGAGACUGAUACGAAGGUAAUAGAUGUGAUGGGCUUUGUUGAUUUGAUUUUCAAUUUGAUACUCCCUGAAUGUUCCCUACCUGGUUCUGAUGUGAUUUGUGUAAAUGCUUAUGUCAAUAUUAUAGCAAAAACUGUGAAACUACUUCUUCCUGAGUUUCAUCUAAAGGAUGACAUUAGUGUGUUUGAAUUUAUUUUUGCUCUUUUCAAUAGCUCUGGAGGGCAAACACAAAUGGCUGUUAAUGAUUUAGUGAGUAAGACUGAUUUUAAUCAGUCAGUCCAUGGAUUUAACAGGACUUCAUGGAUGUUCCUUAAUCCUUUUCACCACAUUAAGCUUCCAUCAAUAGAGCUUUUGGCAGAAAUUGAAGCUCUUCUGAAAAAUAAAGCUUAUGAAAUCCAAGAAAACAACUCCUCUCAUUUGCAUCCUGAGAGUGAACCUUUCCUGCACAAGACAAAUGCCAGUUUGUUGAUGGAGUUCUUUCAAUAUGUGAUUAGUGAACUUCACUCAGAUUUGCAGGGUGAACAGAGAACAUUUCUCCAGAAACUGAUAGAAAGAGCAGCUCUGAGUAUUGAGCUGGUAAAGAAAGCACUUCAGUUUUCCAAGUCCUCCAGUUUUACUGACUUUCCCUUAAGAGACAAAGAGUUUCUAAAGCAUGCAGUAGCCUUGGUGCAAAAUAUGAGGAAGAUGGAUGUUGAAUUCUUGGUAAGUCAGUUCAGACAAGCCCAGAGGAGCCUAGAUGCUUUCUUUAAAAGCAUCAAACCUUUGUGUGUUGAGUUGGGAAUCACAGCAGAAUGGUGGGAUGCUUUUGAGAACAACUUGUGUCGUUGGAACCUGACUGGCUUCUGGCAAACAGCAUGGCUCUUCGAACAAGGUGAGUUCUAUGAUGCAGGAGAGGUGUUCCAACUGCUCCUUGACGUUGUCAGCCUUACAGACAGAUUAGCUGGUGAAAACAUCACUGAAGCACUGGGUGAAGUUUAUGCUUUCAUACUGACUCAGGAAGGAAAAAUGUCCAUGUUUACUGAAAAAGAGUUCUCUACUCAAAUAGAAGAUCUUUUAAUGCUACUGCAGAUGCUGACAGAUGUGCCUGAUCAGCCUGCAGAAGCCUCACUUUGUUUCUCUGCAGCAUUCUGCUGGGUUCUCACAACAGCAGCACCUCCGAGUGAGCCCACCUUGGAACCUUGCGACUUUGUGUUCAGCAAUUCCACUCUCAGUUACAACACAGUCGUUGAAGUUAUUAAUGAGCUGAAAAUCAUCACACUGGAGGAUAGUUCCUUGUGUGCUGUGGAAGACAUUCAGGUGGCUAUAAUCCAUAAUCUGACUUGCUUUUUUCAGCAGAUCCAAGAAUGGAACUCUAUUCUUCUGCAGUUUUCUGAGCUUCGCCAUGUAAAUGACUCUGCUCUCAGAGAGCUGCUGGAGUUCUGGAAUGAGCUAUCCCUUUAUGUGGUGCCACUGCAGGCAAAUAAAACACAUUCAACCAAUUGUUCCUCCACACCAAAGAGACAAGUGGCUUUACAAAUUGUAGGAACACUGGGAAGUAUGCCAGUGGCAGAAAUGGAAGUGGCCAAAGGUGUUCUUGAACAGCUGGAUGGUCUUUAUGGUGAUCUAAGCUGGGACAGGCAUUCAGGAAUAUCCCUUCUAAAGGCUGUUCUUAGUAACAUGAAGAAUAUGACCAGUGAAAUUUCUGGACUCUUGGGUACAGAAGCUGUGCGUUCUUUUCUCUCUGUAGUUCAGCCUUUAAUGAUGCUGUCUCCUCUCGGGAACCAGACAUACUCCAUGCUUAUGAUGUUAUCAAGUGUAAAUGGAAACAGUAGUAUCUCUGACCUUGACAACUUCUGGUUUCCUGUAGUUACAAGCAUAGAAGGUUUGCUGGUGGAUCUUAACGUUGGACACUUAGUUGCAGUGAUUGACGAAGCGUUGCAAUUACUGCAGUUGGCCUCUGGACAGUCCUCUUCAACGGCUCUUGAUGUUUCAGUACAGCACUUGAAUACAUCAUCUGUCCAUGCCAUGUUAAGAACUUUUGAGGACAUACAAGAGAAUGUGAACAGUUUCCUAUGUGAGUGUGACAGUAAAAAUGAUUCUAAAAUAAUGUAUACCCUGAUUCUCCUUAUGUCCAAUGAGAGUUCAUCAGAUGACCUGCUGCUAGUCAUUGAGGACAUUAUUGACUUUUUGGAACUAUAUGAAAAUAAGUCUAGAGAAGAUGACAGUAGUAUAUUCUUUGUUCAUGGUCACCUUAGAGAAAAAACUAAUAAUACUCCUGCUGCUAAUUCAAUGUUGCUAAACAGACUCCUUCGUGUAAUUGAUGAUCUUGCUGCUAUAGAAGAAGCUCUGCACACAAACAAUAGUGAGCUUCAGAUAGCUGACAUCAUUGAUUCACUUUUUGAUCAUGCACAAUAUAGACAAGCUUCUACUCAGCCCCAAAACAGAACUCUAGAGAUCAUGCAAGAGAUGUUGCAAAGGAUAUUUCUGUCUAUCACAGAACAGGAGAGGAACAAAACAACCUCCUUGCUCAAGGACCUGCAUACGGAUCUGAUGGCAGAAAUGAGGUCAUAUGAAGUUUGCAAGAUACUUCAGAGACAUUUAGACCCUACUAGUGUCCUACUGUUGCAGAAGCUGCAGUUUGCCAUCUUGAAUAUUCUUAAUGUAUUUUCAGAAGAUGCAGCUGUCAGGGGCAGCCUUUCCUGUGCUGUUACAAAGUGUAAAGGUGGAUUCGUGAGUCGCUUGCUUCUCUCUUUCAUUGAAGGAGUGGCUCUGGUUCAGGAUCGUUAUCAGGAUAUGGAAAGAAUGUGGCCUGUUUUCAACAGUGGGGAUUGCCAGAGUAGGGCAUUUGUAAACCAAAAGCUUUUCAGUAGUUUGGAAAGCUUCCUGAAGGCCUUGAAGAAAACGAGCAAUGACAGCUGUGAAUGUCAACUAAUGGUGGAAGAUAUCCAGAGACAAUUGAAAAUGGUGGCUGAAAAUUUGGAGCUGCAGCUCUCAGAAAAUCCAGAGGCAGCUUUCCCCAGCAGUUUUAACCUGCUGAAUGAUGUGAAAGUCAAAGAGUGCAUUCAGAAUCUUACUCAGUUGAGGCUGGACAUUGGUUCUUCUGUCAAUAUUUCUGAAGAAGCUAUUAGUACCAUCUUGGAAGCCAAUAUCUCUUAUUCAAAGGUCUUUUACAGUGCCUUUGUGAUAGCUUUAACCAGAAGAUGUGAUGAAGAAAUACUUAGCCUGCUGUUAAAUCUACCUGAGAACAAUCAAACUUCCCUCCUGGUGGAAGAAUUAUGUUCUUUACCAGCACUGGACUUGUACACCAUCUUUGUACUGCUCCUGCAGAACGUGAAUUUACGUCAUGUCGUGUAUGAGGUUAAGGUGCCAUCUGAGAUGGGCAGCAUGCUAGACAUGCUGCUGGAUGUGGUCUCCAGUAUCAGCUCUCUUCUUGAUAAAGUUCACCAUGUCAUGGAAAAACUUCCAGUGUUCCUCCAAGGAAUUCAGAAUCUUGGUGUGCCUGACACCUCUGCAUUGCAGCAGCUCUUGCAGGGUGGGCAGUUCAGAAGCUCAGCUGUUGGACCCUGGGCAUCUGUAGUCAAGGCAGUGUGUAAAGAAGAGUGGUCGUUUUUCAGCAAAGCAAACCUGUUCAUUGACGCACCCAGAACUGUGGGAGUCUUGCAGGACAACAUGGCAAAAUACAGCAUUCCUGAAGACUCAACUCCAUUUUGCUUGAGGAUUUAUCAGGAGAUUCUGCAGUCUUCUAAUGGGGCUCUGCUAUGGACUUUCCUGAAACCUUUACUACAUGGGAAGAUACUCUACAACUCAAACCUCAACAUGAUUGACCUAGUGAUGAAGAAGGCUAAUUUCACUUUUGGUUUUGUGGAGAACUUGAAGACAUAUUCUGAGACAUGGCUUAGGAUGUCCAAGGGUUUUAAAACUAGUGGAAGUGUCCUCACGGUCUCACGACUACAGGAAGCACUGCAAAGCAACUUCAUAAAGCACUUCAUAGAAAGUCAUUUGGAUGUUGACAUGGAAAAACUCUUAACAAAAAUGCAAGUAUAUGAAGCUACGAUGAAGAAGAUGUUUAACAGCUCAGAGAGCGAACAGAUUGACCUGCUGUCACAGCUUGUAGUAAAUCUCUCUUCCUGUGUGGUACUGGACCGUUUCCAGCCUUUGGACUCUGUUGAGAAACUGGAAAAGAAGGCUCAUGAACUCAUGCAGCAGAACAAUUUUUUAGCCAGUAUCAUCUUCGAUACGCCGAAGAACAAGACACGAGACUCCAGCAGCAUCCUUCCGCCACACGUUUCUUACACACUUAGAACCAACAUUCUCUACAGCAUGAGAACAGAUAGGAUUAAAAACCCAGCCUGGAAAGCCCAUCCCCAGAAGUUGCCAGCUGAUGGGUUUAAAUACAACUACAUCUUUGUUCCUCUUCAGGACAUAAUUGAAAGGGCAAUUAUUUCAGCUCAGACUGGGACAGAUAUCUCCGACCCAGCAAUUCAGGUGCAAGCAAUGCCUUACCCUUGUCAUACAAGUGAUCUGUUCUUGAACAAUAUAGGCUUUUUUUUCCCACUUAUGAUGAUGUUAUCAUGGAUGGUUUCGGUUGCUGGCAUGGUUCGCAGGCUGGUUUAUGAAAGAGAAAUUCAUCUUGAAGAGUACAUGAAGACAAUGGGUGUGCACCCAGCCAUUCAUUUCUUCGCCUGGUUUCUGGAGAACAUCAUCGUGCUCACCAUAAGCAGCUGUACUCUUGCCAUCAUUUUAAAAGCAAGUGGUAUCUUUACUCAUAGCAACAGAUUCCUCAUCUUUCUUUUUUUGGUGGAUUUUGGACUUACUGUUAUUACAUUAAGCUAUUUUUUGGGAGCAUUUUUUAGCAGUGCCAAUACUGGAGCCCUGUGUGCCAGCCUUGUGUAUAUGAUCAGCUUUUUACCCUACAUCCUUUUGUUGGUCUUGCAGAACCAAUUGAGUUUCACCAAACAGAUUAUCAUGUGUCUUCUUUCUACAACUGCCUUUGGGCAAGGAGUGUUCUUCAUUACAUUCUUUGAGGGCCAAGGAACAGGAAUUCAGUGGAAUAAUAUGCACCUGUCAGUGGCACAAGGAGGAGACCUAACCUUUGGAUGCAUGUGCUGGAUGAUGCUCUUUGACUCCGUUUUAUAUUAUAUAGGUGGCUGGUAUUUCAGCAAUAUUAUUCCUGGAACAUUUGGAUUAAAAAAACAAUGGUACUUUCCUGUUACUGUUUCCUACUGGGAGAAUCUCUGUGGUGGAGAGAAGAGGAAGAGAUGUUACCUGAAUUCUGAUAUGUUUUUCUUCAAUGAAAAUCUCCAAGAACAAGGCUCAGCACCUCAAAGCUGGAAAGGCUCUAGCACUGAGGGGAACACUGUUGGCGUUGUGCUGCUGUCACUCACCAAAGAGCAUCCGGAUGGCCAGAGGGCUGCUGUUAAAGAUCUCAGCCUCACUUUCCAUAGAGGUCAGAUAACAGCACUUUUGGGACCUAAUGGAGCUGGCAAGACAACACUUACAUCCCUGUUGACUGGUCUGUAUCCCCCGAGCUCUGGGACCGCUGUUAUUAAUGGAAAGGAUAUUCGUACAGAUCUGGCUGCUAUCAGAAGAGAAAUGGGUGUUUGCCCACAGUAUGAUGUCCUGUUCAACACACUAACAGUGCGAGAGCAUCUGCUGCUUUAUGGAUCAGUGAAGGCACCUGGCUGGACAAAGGAACAGCUGAACCAGCAGACCAGUGGAGCUCUGGAAGAUGUGGGUUUGUCUCAACAUCAGUACAAACCUGUUGCAUCCCUUUCUGGUGGAAUGAAAAGGAGGCUUUCAAUUGCUAUCUCCUUCAUUGGAAACUCUAAGACAGUUGUUCUAGAUGAGCCCACCAGUGGAGUAGAUCCAUGCUCCCGCCGUAGCAUCUGGGAUGUUCUUCUGAAGUACAAAGCUGGUUGUACACUGAUCUUUACCACUCACCAUCUUGACGAAGCAGAAGUGCUCAGUGAUCGCAUUGUCGUCCUACAGCAUGGCCAGUUGAGGUGCUGUGGUUCUCCCUCUUACCUGAGAGAAACAUAUGGCCAAGGACACAGCCUGACCCUUACAAAAAAGCCUUCUGUGGCUGAAAUCCAGGAUCCUAAGCAUGUCACUCAGAUCACAUCUCUGGUACAGACACACAUCCCAGAAGCUUUCCUCAAAGAUGACAGUGGGACUGAGCUGACCUAUAUGAUUCCUGAAAGGGCAGAUAAGACCUCUUUAAAAGGCCUUUUUCAGGCUCUAGAUCAAAGCCUGCCUCAUCUACAUAUGACUGGUUAUGGCAUUUCUGACACCACCUUGGAAGAGGUAUUUCUGAAGCUGCUUCAGGACUCAGAGAAGAUGCCCUGCACUCCACAGGGAGCACACCUGGACUGCACAAAGGCUGCUGAAUCAGCCUAUCCCUCGCGUGCAGGAGCCUCCAGCGCGCGCGGAGCCCGUCUUGUCCUUGCUCAGCUUGGUGCUGUUCUGAAGAAGAGAUUUCAGCGUUCUAGACGAGACUGGAGGGGAAGUGUCUCUCACACACUGCUGCCUGUCCUUUUCGUUGCGCUGGCCAUGGCCUUGUUCACUGUGAAGCCGCUGGCUGUUGAUUAUCCUUCUCUCAAGCUGACGCCAGGACUCGAUGGCAGUGCAGCAUCCUUCUUUAGCAUUGAAGAUGAUAACCUAGGAAAUCUUUCUCAGAUUCUACUGAGAUAUUUCUCUGCUGUGGACCAUACAUGCAUGCAUUCUAAACAAGGGAAAAAUAAUUCCUGUUGGGAGAUGGAAUCUGCAUCACCCAAUGAUUCAUGUGGAUGUGUAGCUGAACAAGAGAUGUGUCCCACUUUCAAUACCUCUGCUCCCUACGUGAAGAAUAAGAAAGGACAUGUUUUGUAUAAUCUUUCAGGGUUCCUGCUGGAAGAAUAUUUAGUGAGGGCUUCCAACAAAGCAAGAUAUGGUGGUUGGUCAUUUGGAGGGAGUCAAGUACUUGGACUGCGAGAUAAACCACUGAAUAACAGCACAUCUAAGCCUCUGGCUAAGGUGUGGUACAACCAAAAAGGUUUCCAUUCACUGCCAUCUUACUUAAAUGAACUCAAUAACUACAUUUUGUGGUUGAAUUUGCCUCCUGAUGUGGACUGGAGACAGUAUGGGAUCACACUCUACAGCCAACCAUAUGGGGGAGCUUUGCUGGAUGAGGAUAAAAUAAUGGAGGACGUUCGCCAGUGUGGGGUUGCCCUGUGUGUCAUGCUGGGCUUCUCCAUCCUUACUGCGUCUAUCGGCAGUGCUGUGGUCAAAGACAGAGUAUCUGGCACAAAACGCCUGCAGCACAUUGCAGGCUUGGGCUACAGAACUUACUGGCUUGCCAACUUCUGCUGCGAUAUGCUGCUUUACAUGGUUCCAGUUACCCUCUGUGUUGGUGUUAUUAGCACCUUCCAGCUAUCAGCCUUCACCUUCCGAAAGAACUUGGCAGCGACUGUUCUCCUGCUGAUACUCUUUGGAUAUGCAACUUUACCCUGGAUGUAUCUCGUGUCCAGAUUCUUCUCAAGUUCAGAUGUAGCCUUUAUUUCUUACAUCUCCUUAAAUUUUGUGUUUGGUUUAUGCACCAUGCUGGUGACUCUCUUACCUCGUUUGUUAGCCAUAAUUUCCAAAGUACAGAGUUUUCAGAACAUCUGCAGUAUCUUCAAAUGGGUGUUCAUUGUAUUCCCACAAUUCUGCUUAGGCCAAGGUUUAAUAGAGCUUUCAUACAAUCAAAUCAAGUUUGACCUGACUAGCAACUUUGGAAUAGAUUCAUAUGUGAGCCCUUUUGAGAUGAAUUUCCUGGGCUGGAUUUUUGUGGAAAUGGCACUGCAGGGAACAAUACUUCUUCUUUUACGGCUAUGUCUUCAUUGGGACCUCCUCCAGAAACCAAGGGGUCAGUGCUCCAUGAACAGCAUGAACGUUCCUUGUGAAGAUGUUGAUGUAGGAAAGGAGAGGCAGCGACUCUUUGAUGGAAGAACUGCUGCUGAUGUCCUUCUUUUGUACAACCUCAGAAAGUGUUACGGAGGUUUCAGUAAGAAGAACACAGCUGUGGAAAGCAUAAGCUUGGGAAUAGCAAGAGGAGAGUGUUUUGGUCUCCUGGGAACAAAUGGAGCUGGAAAAAGCACAACAUUUAAGAUGUUGACUGGAGAUAUCAUCCCAUCUUCUGGACGUGCUGUUGUCAGGACUCCUACAGGGUCUGAAGUAGAUAUCCUGUCUGCUGGCUCUGAAGGCAUUCUGAUUGGUUAUUGUCCACAGCAAGAUGCCCUGGAUGAACUUUUAACGGGUUGGGAGCAUCUUUACUAUUACUGCACCCUGCGUGGAAUUCCAAAGCAGGAUAUCCGUAAGGUUGCAGAGGAUCUCGUUGAUCGGCUACACCUCCGUGCCCAUGCUGACAAACUGGUGAGAACAUACAGUGCUGGCACCAAGAGGAAGCUCUCUACUGCUGUAGCAUUAGUUGGUAAACCCCAAAUACUCUUACUGGAUGAGCCAAGCUCUGGGAUGGAUCCCUGCUCUAAACGCUACCUUUGGAAAACCAUCCUGAGGGAAGUUCAGGAUGGCUGUGCAGCUGUGCUGACAUCUCACAGUAUGGAAGAAUGUGAAGCCCUCUGCACACGGCUUGCCAUCAUGGUCAAUGGCAGCUUCAAGUGCCUUGGUUCUCCCCAGCACAUUAAGAACAGGUUUGGAGAUGGCUAUUCCAUCAAGGUUUGGCUUAGUAAAGAAAGAAGCUGUGAAAGAAUGAUUUUGGACUGUUUACAACUGCAUUUUCCUGGAGCACAAUUUAAGGGACAACAUCUUAACCUGUUUGAGUACCACGUACCACAAAGUCAGGGAUGCUUAGCAGAGCUCUUCAGAGUCCUAGAGAAUCACAAAGCGUUUCUCCAAAUCAAACAUUACUCCAUUGGCCAGACCACAUUAGAGCAGGUGUUUAUUAAUUUUGCCACACAGCAGCAUGGAAUCUCACAUUCUUCACAAGAAUCUCCUGUUGUUCAUAAUGGGCACCUGCCAGUCUAGCUCAGAAUGGAGUACAGCUUCAGCAGCAAAUAUAUGUGUUCAGGUUGCUGUAUGUACAUGGAUUUUACAUGCAAUAACCUCUCAGAUGUUAACUGGUUUCACACAGACCAAAACUCUGCCAAAAUAAUGCUUUGUGGCUCACUGGAAUUUUAUAAUAUAAAUGAUCCAAUUAUA